AUGUUUGAGGCUGGUGUGCUUAAUGGUUUGACGAGGAUAAGUGUGGAAAUUGGUAGUAGUAAAAGUCGCAGCGACGAUGACUUUAUCGAUCGUGUCAAUCAUUCGUACUCAACCACAAUUUUGAUGCUGUGUACUUUGAUCGUCCUGAGUCGACAAUUUAUUGGGAAGCCCAUGUCUUGUUGGACCCCGAAUGAGUUCACCGGGUCGCAAGAGGAAUAUGCGACUAUGUUGUGUUGGGUCACAUCCACUUAUUUUAUAUCUCCCAAGGAGCCCGCUAUUCCUUCAGAUUUGUCUGUCCGUCGGAAAGAUUCCGUGCAUUACUAUCAGUGGGUACCAUUUCUGCUGAUGUUUCAGGCAGCCUUGUUCUCUGUUCCGUGCAUCGUUUGGCGGCUUCUCAACUGGCAAUCUAGGCUUCAUGUAAGUUGGGCCUUGGAUAUUUUAUUCUGUAUGGGCAACAAGAACAUAAUUGAUUUCCCUAAUGUAAAGGGUCGACCCGAUUACCGCGAGUCUCUGAAUGAAACUUAUCAAAAAGAAAACAGUUUUACCCCAGUUUCCUUCUGGUGCCAUCUUCCUACAACUAUUCUGCAUACUUCUGGCGAAUCAAGCAUAAGAGACUUUGGCAUCCGAAAUGCAAAGCAUUUCUGUGCCGUGUUCAAACUGCCUUACGGAAGCUUGCGGGUUCAAACCAGUCCCGAGACUGAUGAUGAUCAGUCAGCUGUAAAACCAUUUCGGUGCCUAGCUGCUAUGCCACGCGAAGGAAUCACGAGGGCUGGGACAUUGCCCGGUUGCCCAAGCAUAGACAGGAAAGCCGAGCGGCAGAGGUCGGGUUCGGACCACGGACCUCCGGUCAGUAAAUUCGCUUUCUACCCUGAGAUUAACCCUGCUGAUGAUUUCUAA